GGGGAAGCCAAUGGGGCCUGGCUCCAUUCAUUCAUCCAUCCCUCCAUCCAUCCAUCCUUCCAUCCUUCCCCCAGCCUCUUAGACCAAAGCGAUGGCCAAAUACAAACAUCGGCGAAGGAGGAAACUGAAAGGCGGAGCCAAAGUGCCAUUAAAGAAAAGAAAAGCUAUUGCCCCUCAGCCUGUGCCGCCAUUUCCUUCUCCUCUUCCUGAGCGGGUGAAUGACACUCCUCCUGGGGAUCUGCCUGCUCGCCCAAACUGGCCACUGCUAGCCUGGCAGUACAUUUUUCCCAGCCUCAAGGACACGGUAAAACUCUUCACUAAGAGAAUGUGGGCACUGUACCGGUGGUGCUGCUGCAGUGUAACACAGCAUUUGGAAAUGGUGAAAAAUGCUCUUUUCCCAUCACGCAUCUACCUUCGGGAGUUGAACCUACUGAAGGAACAAUUCAGUAAGCUAGAAAGUGAAUUCUGCAAACUCCAGGAAGCUCUAAAGACCGGUUCUCCCCAAAGCUGCACUUGCCGAGGUUGUAAUAAAGCAUGUCACUUGAACGAAAACAUUCCUGUCGUUCCUGACUGUGAUCCUGCCACCCUUGGAGUACCAAGAGCAAUACCUCCGGCAGCACCGCAACCGAAAGCCCUCCUUCCUCCACCUCCUCCUCCGUCCCCUCCUCCUCCUCCUCCACUUCCACCUCUUCCUCCUUCACUUCUCCCUCCUCCACCUCCCCCUCUUCCCCUGCCACCCCAUCCUCCAGCACCUCUGCUUCUUAAAAAGGUUGAUCGCACUAAAGCACUUCAGGGUGCACCUUUGAAAAAGAAUGGGCCCAUGCAUAUAACCGUUAAAGAUCUACUCAAUGUAAAAUUAAAGAAGACACAGAGUUCUAUUGAAACGGACAAGCUCUCCUCACCACGGAAAGAGCGAAACCCCCUGGUUACGGUCUCUGAUCUGCAAAGCAUUGCCCUGAAAUCCAACGCCAAACGCCUGCCACUGCACGUCACAAACGUUUUAAUCACACCCAGCAGAAGCCAGUUAGAUCUGCGGAAGCAUCUUAGGAAAGUCAAUGUAGAGAGGAGCCCUGGAGGAACUCCUUUGGUUAACAAGGAGAACAUGGAGACUGGGACCGGGCUAACUCCCUUAAUGACCCAAGCCUUGAGGCGCAAAUUUCAGCUUGCUCACCCGAAGAGCCCAUCCUAAACUCCAUCUACAGGAGGCUUUGACAAGUGAAACUGAUAUUUUGGUGCCAGCUGAGAGGCAACUCAGCUUCAUUUUAAAUCAUAUGUUUUACACGCACAUUCAUAUUCUACUUGGAUCCAUAGGUGGAUUUUUUCCAUUCACAUUCUGUUUAUACACCUCUUUCAUGCAUAAAACUCCUGGAAAAAACAUCCCAUCCAGUUCACUUUCUUCACGUCGAUGACCCCGAAGGUGUUUGGUGAGAGAAAUGUUUCUGUCCCCGAGGUCAUCCCGCUCCGUACUGCCGUUACUGCUCAUUAAAUGCUCACCUGACUCUCACCAGUCUAUGCCAGAAAAGACUGUUGGCUGAAUCCCUACUAAUCAGAAAAUAAGGAAUCACCCAAAUGUUGACAGAGGGUUCUUUUGAAGUGGAGUGAGUAUUUAGAGGUCAAAAGUAAAGUUUACAGUAAUCGUAACCUCUAGUUAUGUUAUCUGUUGGUUUAAAUAGAACUUUAGAUAGGAGGAAUAAAUACUGUUGGCUUCCAAACAGAAACCUUUGAUAGAAAGGUUUCUAUCAAAUAAGGAUUUUCUUUUGGAGGAAAAAGGCUUUAGAAAUCUAAAUAAGCAAUAUAUGCACAAGCUGCUAUCCCCACUGCUCCAGCAUUAAAAUGCAUUGUACCCGUGCUUCCCGUAGAUUUAGCUCACCUCUUUUAAAAAAUUUCUAUUGCAAUUUGUUCUAUAUUUUCCCUAUUUUUUAACUCUGUGUAAAUCCUUGUUUGUUUUUUUAAAACCACCCUGUACUGUUUACUGCCAAGACCUGGUCCUGGGAUACCUUGACAACCAGUUCACACAAAUAGCUCUGAGACAACCUGGCUAUGUUUCAAAAUAAAGGGUUUUUUAUUUAAAAGUUU